AUGCGGCAAGAACAGCAGCAGGUUGUCUGGCCAAAGGCGCGAACUUACAGGGAUCUCCAGCAUGACGAGCAGAUCUGCAGGAGCAGCAGCUCUGCCAGCGGCUGCAGGAGAAGUGCGAGUAGCCGUAGCAGCGAAAUUGCGAGUAGCUGCAGUGGAAGUGAGAGUGGCCGUGGCAGCAAAAGUAAGAGCAGUGGAAAGAGGAGCACAAGCAGAGCAGCGAAUUCCGCCAAAGGUCGCACAAGAUUAAGAGUUCUUGCUAAAACCGAACAUCAUGGUGACAACUCGAAGUUGUCAGAUCACCCCUCUCAACAGAACAAGCAGCAGCAUGGAAAGCGAGGAUCCAAACUGCGAGCGAUGGGGGACGCAAAAACGCAAGCGAGACUGCUUGUACAACGCCAACAACAGAAACAGAUGCAGUUCCAAGAUAUACACACGCAACAACGUUUGCUGCAGCAGCAGCACUUGCAGCAGCAAACAGCAGAAAAAAAUCUUCAAGAGCGCCGAGAUAUGUUGCAGCAGCAGGAGCUAUCAUUGCAAUCUCAGUUGCAGAAACAUCAGCAAAAUAUCAGCUUGCAGCAGAACUACAGAUGCCGCACUGCUGCUGCGGCAGGGGACGUUGCAGUGUUGAAGCAGCAGCUGCAGCUGCUCCGCGUGCAGCUGAAGCACAACUUUAGAGAUGCAGCAAUGUGGAUGGAAGACAGCCUCUUUGGUUUUAAGUCCCUCUGCGAUAUACAGGCAAGUCUGGGCGUCGGCACAGCAGCAGCAAGGGCAGUUGAAGCAGGAGAGCAUCAGGUGCAGAAGCUUCAGCAGCAUAUCUCUGAUCUGCAGUUGCAGCUUCGGCAGGCUUCAGAGGCGCAGCAGCAACAAGUGGCAUUGGUGGAGACGCUUCAAAAGCAACAACAGGAACAGUGCAACACGGCAGCAGCAGCAGCAACAGCGGCAGCAGAGCAUCUUGAAGAGCGCCUCCAGCAGCAGAAGCAACUGCUACAGCAGCAGCACCAGCAUCAACUGCAAGAGCUGCAACUUUCUGGCCGGAAGCAGCUGCAGGAAGCUGAGAACAAGCAUGAAAGGCAACUACAGCAGCUGAAGCAGCAGCUCGAAGAGGCUCACCAAACCGUGGAAACCCUAAAGCUACAAAGGGAGGAGGAGAGGACAGCAACGGAAAGGCACCAAGAAGACAGCGCAGCAGAGCUGCGACAGCUAAAAGAGGGCAGUAUAGUGCUGCAGCAGCAGGUACAGCAGCAGAAGCACGAGCUGCAGAGCCAGAGGCAGCUGCUGCAGCAGGCGGAGAAGGACUUACAACAACAGCGAGAGCAGCAGCAGGAGCAGGAGCAAAAAAUGCACGAGGCCAUCGAACAGCUCAACGCAGCAGCGACUCACAAGGAGAACAAACUUCAGAAGUUGCUCAAAGAGAGAGAUGCAGAUAGACUCCAGCUAGAGAGGGAGAGGCAAAUGGUGAUGCUGCAGAAGGAGCAGCUGGAGGAGGCGCGGAAGCGGCUUGCUACAACAAUGGUGCAGCAGCAGCAGCAGCAGCAGGCAAUGCACGAGCAGCAACAGCAGCUGAUGCGGCUACAGUGCAAACAGCAGCAGCAAGAGGAGGACGCAAAUGCAAUGGCGCAGCAACUUCAACAGCUGCAGCAACACAAUGACGCUGCAGAGCGGGGCUUCGAGGAGAAAUAUGCUGCCCUUAAGGCUGAGUCAAGCCAGCGGCUGCAGCAGGUGUUGCAGCAGGAACAGCUGCUACGGCGGGAAGUUGCAGCCCAAAGAGAGAUGAUCAGAAAGGGCAGUAGCAGCAGCGAUGAAUUGUUGCUGGCAAAGCACGAGCUGGCCACGCUCAAGCAUGAACUGCAGGAGUUGCUAGCAGAGGAGGCAGGGAAACGCGAUGCUUUGGAGCAGCAAAAUAAGCAGCAAGAGGAGCAGCUCACGAUCAAGCAGCAGCUGCUGCGCUGUUUAAUGCAGGAAAAGGCGGCUCUUGAGGCCCAGGUAUCACAGCAGCAACAGGAACAGCAAGAGCAACAGCAGCAGCAUGACGAAGCAUGCAAGCAGCAUUUGGCACAGACCCUGCAGCUGCAACAGCAGCGAGAGGCUGAACACCAAAAGGCUGAGCAAUUGCAGCACAAACUGGAGCAACAGCAGCAGCAGCUGCUGCUGCAGCAGCAAAAACUAGACAUUCUAAAUCGACAAAACGGAGAGAAACAACAGCAGAUGUUGAUGAUACAGAGAGAAGAAGCAGGACUUCGGGAUCGUCUAGAAUCUGAGACGGCAGCAGCAGCGAAGCUCAGAGUCACAUUGGCUGCGGCGCAACAAACUGUGCAGCAACAACGCCAGCAGCUGCUGCUGCUGCAGCAGGCACACAUGAGGGGCGGAGAGAGGCUUGAUGCACAGCUAUUGGAGCAAACAGAUCCUGAAAAGUCGCUAGAAGGAGCUGCAGCAGUUCAUUCGAAGUGUGCAAGCACGACUGCAGGUGCAACAGCACGAGAUGGACUGCCUGCUGCGACAUCCAUAUGUCCAGAGGGCAGCGUUUCAACAGACGCCUCAAAAGAGCUGGCGACGACAAAAUCAGUGGAUGGAAAAGAAAAGAUAAACCCGAAAUCACUCGCUACUUCAUUACUACAAAAGCUGUCACUGGAACUGCUCUUACCCACGCACGCGAAAAAACAGAGCCGCCUAAGCAGCGCUGAGACGUGCGACACCGACUUGCAUGCAGGAGGCAGCAGCAGCAGCAACAGUUUGCCAGGUGUGCAGGAACAACGCCUCGGCAGCAACACCAACUCUGUCCGCAGCAGCAGUGCAGGAAGCAGCAAAAGCAACAGCAGCAAGAGCGAAUGCGGCAGCUCGUACAGCUUUCGCCAAAGGGUUAAGCUCAAGACUUGCGAACAAAGCAGCACCAGUAGCAACAGUAGCGCAGAAGACCAGCAGCACCAGGAGCAACCUGGCGACACUCCUCGUUUUGGACCUGCUGCACAGCUGAUCCAGCGAGUAACCAGGUCUGUGAGUGUAGCAGGAGAUAGACAGCAGCAUCAUGAGACAGCCACCGACAAGGGCAGCAGCUAUUUCAUGCAGCGGCAGCAAGAGAGGAGUGACAUACGGAACUCCAUUUUUGCUACAAGAAAGCGUCUGCGACAGUUGCAGCAGCAGCAGCAAGAAGUACAGCAAGAGCGUCGGAACAUAGAGCGGCAACAGCAACAGCGAAUGGAGCGGAAGGCUGAAGUGUUUGAGCUGCUGGCGCAGCAGUCCUGCUGCUGCGAAAUCGCAUAUCACGACCUUUUGCAGCAGAACACAAGGUUUUCAGUUGCUGUACGGAAUAGCAGAAAGCUCGAAGCCGCUACCGCCGCAUUCGAUGCCUCGGGUGACCCUGCAGCCGCAGCAGCAGAGGGCAUGGCCGUCGGUACAGCAGCACCAGGCGAUGACUCUUAUGGACACACUGCUACAUCAACAUCUGCAGCAGGGGCAUACCAAGAGGAGGCUUUGCGGAUGUUGCUGGCAGCAGCGGACCGAAACAAAGUUCGAGCGGCGAUGCAGCACUGGACGCAGGAAGCUAGCAUAGCCAAGUGGAUUUUGCGGAUAGCGCAUGCGGAAAGAGAUGAGGCAGCGCGAAAUAGGCAAAAGGCACAGCAGAUGUUGCAGCAGCUGCGGCAACAGACAGAGGCGGCAGGGCAGCGGCUGCUGCAACUGCAUCGGGAGCUGAAUCACCUGCAAUUUGAGGAGAGGCAAUGUAAAGGGCAGUUGAGCGAAUUGGCAAGCAGAGAGAAGCAAAUGGUACUUCGGGAAUGCAGUAGUAGUAGUGGUAGCAGCAGCAGCAGAGGAGGCAGUAUCGGGCCCCUUUUCUUGAGCGCGCGGACACUAGACGCCGGCAGGAGCAGCAGCAGUGGGAAAAGGUGCGGGGAAAACCGCAGCGCUUCGGCUGAGCCCCUUUGUAGCAGCAGAAAUGGCAGGAAUACUCUUUGCGACACGCCCCCGCCAUAUUCUUACGCUGCUGUUGACUCACUCUCCAGCAGCCGGAGCAGCAAGGACAGAAGCAUGCGGGCCCUGGGGUCACUAGAAGCGUUGUUACAGCAGCACAAUAUGCUGCCGGCGCUUCCUCUGAAACAACGGCGACCAGGAACAGCAGCAGAAGCAGCAACUGAAGAGUUAGGAUCCGGGAGCUUGAGCAGCAAAGCCUGCUCAUUUUGGAUCGACCUGCAGGAAGGUGCUUCUGUCUAG